AUGAAUUUACGUUACCGUAUUUCUUACUAUUCUCUAUCUGCAACAUCGUUACCGUGUUCUCUAUCUGCAACAUCGUUACCGUGUUCUCUAUCUGCAACAUCGUUACCGUGUUCUCUAUCUGCAACAUCGUUACCGUGUUCUCUAUCUGCAACAUCGUUACCGUGUUCUCUAUCUGCAACAUCGUUACCGUGUUCUCUAUCUUACCCUCUAUCUGCAACUUAUCGUUACGUGUUCUCUAUCUGCAACUUGUGUUCUCUAUCUGCAACAUUACGUGUUCUCUAUCUGCAACGUUACCGUUUCUCUAUCCCUUGUACGUUACCGUGUUUCUCUAUCUACCGUUUUCUCUAUCUGCAACAUCGUUACGUGUUCUCUAUCUGCAACAUCGUUACCGUCGUCGUUACCGUGUUCUCUAUCUACACUUAUCGUUACCGUGUUCUCUAUCUGCAACAUCGUUACCGUGUUCUCUAUCUGCAACAUCGUUACCGUGUUCUCUAUCUGCAACAUCGUUACCGUGUUCUCUAUCUGCAACAUCGUUACCGUGUUCUCUAUCUGCAACUUUACCGUGUUCUCGUUACCGUGUUCUCCUAUCUGCAACUUUACCGUGUUCUCCUAUUACCGUGUUCUCUAUCUGCCAACAUCGUUACCGUGUUCUCGUUACCGUGUUCUCUAUCUGCAACAUCGUUACCGUGUUCUCUAUCUGCAACAUCGUUACCGUGUUCUCUAUCUGCAACAUUGUGA